CUUUGUGACCAAACAGCCUUUUGUUUUUCUUUUUUUUUUUUUUAAUUAAAACAAAAACCGAAUCUCUUUUUCCCUGUAAGAAGAAACACAAAGCAACUCAAAUUCUUCGCUGAAAAAUCACUUUUUGUUGUUGUUGUUGUUGUUGUUGUUGUUCUGAUCUCGAUCGGUCACUAAUGGAGAGAGAUCGAGGAGAAGCGAUCGCUAUUGAAAUCGUGACGGAGGUUCCACCGGCGGUGACGACGAGAGUUCCACGGAGGAUUCGUGAGAGGCUUUUGUCCGAAUCAAGUAACAAGACAGUACCUUGCGCUCAAGAUAUCGAAGACAAGCUUCUCCAUGCCCAUCUUCGUAGACAGCAAUUCUAUCACAACGUUGUGAGAAAGGCUCGUGCGAAGCCCAGAAGCCCAUCACGAUCGUGCGAUGAAGAGCUUGGCCAACGAAUCGAGGCGAGGCUCCUCGCCGCUGAACAAAAGAGAUUGGAGAUUCUUGCUAAAGCGCAGACGCGUCUAGCGAGACUCGACGAGUUAAGACAAGCGGCGAAGACGAGCGUGGAGAUUCGGUCCGAGAGGGAACGCGUGAAGCUUGGGACUCAAGUGGAGUCUCGCGUCCAAAAGGCUGAAGCCAACAGGAUGAGGAUCCUCAAGGCUUCCCAUCAGAAACGGGCGUCGGCGAAGGAGAGGACGUCUCAGUCGAUGAUGAGGAGGAUGGCGAGAGAGAGCAAGUAUAAAGAGAGAGUACGCGCUUCGAUCAAUCAGAAACGUGUGGCUGCUGAGAAGAAACGGCUGGGGUUGCUUGAAGCCGAGAAGAAGAAGGCACGUGCUCGUGUACAGCAAGUGCGCCACGUUGCCAACUCUGUUUCUAAUCAGCGUGAGAUGGAGAGGAGUAAAAUGAGGGACAAACUUGAAGACAAGCUACAAAGGGCAAAGAGACAUAGGUCGGAGUUUCUUCGUCAGAGGAGAAGACAGCGUGAUUCGAUUAGUCUUUACUGCGACAUGAUGCAGGAAGAUGGUGAUCUUCUCUCUAGAAAGCUCUCAAGGUGUUGGAGGUGCUUUGUGAGUCAGAAGAAGACAACCUUGGACUUGGCUAAAGCCUAUGAUGCUUUGAAGAUCAAUGAGUCAUUACCGUUUGAGCAGCUUGCGGUGCUAAUAGAGUCGCCUGCUACUCUUAGAGCUGUUAACUCGUUGCUUGAUCGCCUUCAACUUCGCUUAGAAGCUUCUAAGAAUGUUGCCACCUCUGCUUCUCAACCGUCGAUAAUGGAUAACAUCGAUCACCUUCUCAGAAGAGUUGCUACUCCAAGGAGAAAGAUGACGCCGAGGAUCAGAAAAGGAAAGAAAGUUACUCCUGGUAGGAGCGUGGCCGUGACGACAUCUCCGAAGAUGUCGAGGUAUCCUGUCAGAGUGGUGCUUUCUGCUUUUAUGAUACUCGGUCAUCCAGACGCUGUUUUCAACGGUCAAGGCGAUCAAGAGGCUGCUCUCAAUGACUCAGCGAAAGGGUUUGUUAAGGAGUUUAAGUUGUUGAUUAAAGUUAUUAAAGAAGGUCCUGCGAAGCUGUCUCUAGGGGAAUCAAAGCUUCGGACGUUGAGGUCUCAGCUGGACUUGUUUGAUAAGGCGUGGUGUGCGUUUUUGAAUUCGUUUGUGAUUUGGAAAGUUAAGGAUGCUCGGUUGUUGGAAGAUGACUUGGUAAGAGCAGCUUGUCAGCUUGAGCUUUCCAUGAUUCAGAAAUGCAAGAUUACUCCAGAAGGGGACGACGUUAUGCUCACUCAUGACAAGAAAGCGAUUCAGAUCCAGGUAACACAAGACCAAGAACUUCUAACGGAGAAGGUACGGCACUUGAGUGGAAACGCAGGAGUUGAGCGCAUGGAGAGUGCCUUGUCGGAGACACGAUCAAAGUACUUUGAGGCCAAGGAGAAUGGAAGCCCUAUGGCUCAUCAGCUCGCGUGUUUCUUUUCUCCCAACUCAACUUCAUCUCCAGUUCAGUCUGUGGCUAGUUCAAGUAAAGAUAGUGUAGGUGUUGGAGGAUCAAAAGGUGUUGUCCGUUCUUUAUUUAAGGAUGAUACUCCACCCUCAUCUGGUUCCUCAAGAGUUGGUAAGGAAACUGUUGACGAGGUUGCAAAACAGAAUGAGUUGAUUGUCAACGAGCUUCUGCACGAUUUGAAUUUCAAGUUACCCGGUGGAUCCAGUGUCACUGUCAAGGAUGAAGAGGACAGUCUAAAGAGGAAGGUAAAGGAGACUAUGGAGAAAGCUUUCUGGGAUAGUGUGAUGGAAUCAAUGAAACUGGAGGAGCCAGACUAUAGCUGCAUCUCUAACCUUAUGAGAGAAGUGAGAGACGAACUUUGCCAAAUGGUGCCAGAUAGCUGGAAAGUAGAAAUAACUGAAACUAUUGAUCUAGAUCUUCUCUCACAGUUGCUUAACUCUGGCACCUUGGAUAUUGAUUACCUUGGAAAGAUGCUUGAGUUUGCAUUGGCUACUCUGCGGAAACUCUCGGCUCCAGUUAAUGACCGUGAGAAUGAAAGCACCCACCAGAGUUUACUCGAGGAGCUUCACAGGUUGUGUCAAGCUAAAGAUGAGUCUGGUAACCUCCAUGCUGUUGCGAUAGUCAAGGGGAUCCGCUUCAUUCUUGAGCAGAUUGAGGAGCUUAAGCGAGAGAUAGGCCUUGGGCGCAUAACAAUGAUGAAACCCUUCUUGAAAGGGCCAGCAGGCUUUGAUUACCUCACACAAGCUUUUGAGAAGCGUUAUGGACCUUCCACACAAGCCUACGAUUCACUACCAGCGACACGGAGGUGGAUAUCGACUCUCUCGUCUUGCAAAGACGAGUGGGAAGAGCACACCAACAUGCUUUCAGCUUUGAAUGUGGUUGAAAGAUCCCCCUCCUUGGGAAUCUCUCUCAAAACGGGUGGAACCUUUCUAUCCACAGCCAAUACAGCAUCACAGUCAACUGUUACGGACAUUGCAGAAGGUCAAGUGUUAGAAUGCAAGGGGGAGAGAGUUGAUUUGAAAGUGAGGCUUGGAUUGUUGAAGCUGGUGAGUCAGGUGUCUGGUUUAACUCUACAAGUUUUGCCAGAAACGUUUCUGCUCAACCUCUCUCGCUUGAGGGGGACUCAAGCUGAGAUUCAGAAGAUAACUGUUGUAACCACAAGCUUGCUCAUUUGGCGACAAAUGCUAGCGAGUGAGAGAGUGGUGAAGAGCGAAAGCGAAACAGAAAGCAUGGCAAAGAAGCUGUUGGAUCUGUUAGAUGGGAAGGAGGAAGCAGGGUUGAUGGAGAUUGUUGAGACAACGAUGAGUGAAGAAGAAGGAGAAGAGAGGAAGAAGCUGAUGAUGAGAGGAUUAUUGAGGAAGAGCUUGGAAGAAGGUAACACAGUGUACGAGAGGGUUACUGGUUGUAUAUACAAAGCACUGAGAGGAGUUUUGUUGGCUGGGAACGGUGAAAGCGGGAAGAGGUUGGUGGAAAGAGAGAUGAAGAAAGUGGGAGUAGGAGGAGGAAGUGGUGGUGGUUUGAAAGAGAGGGUUAUAGAGACCGGUCGAGUUCUUGGAGUCGUGGCUUGUGUCUCGGUCAGAGUUCAUGGUCCAUGGUUGGCUCAUCUCAUGCAGCUUUGAAAGCACCCACUCUGGUAACAUUGUAUAGCUAUUUGUAUGUAUAUAUAUAUAUAUGAUUAUAAUAACACGUAAUGUGAUAAUAAGCCUGCUUUAUGAUUUGAUAAUGAUGCAAUAAUGCAUACAUGCUGAUUUGUAAAAACAAAAACGGCUUUGAAUUGGGUCUUCUUCUCCAUCUUUAGUGUGUAGUGUACGAAUGAAUGAAGUGUUGGAAUAGCUUUGUUAAUUGUGUUAUUGUAUUCUGAAACGUUGUAUAUAAUGGGGCUAAUGUUAAAUUAUAUUAAA